UUCAGAAAAGAAGUAACGAACUCAACCUCCAAAUGACGAAAACAACCAAAAAAUGCAUCAAACUCUCUUUCUACACAAGCCUCUUCCUUCUCCUCUUCAGCCAUGCAACCUCUGAUCAGCUCCAUGAUCAAGAGCACGCAGUUCUACUGAAGCUAAAGCAACACUGGCAAAACCCCCUGUCCCUCAGCCAUUGGACCUCAUCAAACUCCUCCCACUGUAUCUGGCCAGAGAUCAACUGCAGUACCGAUGGCUCAUCAGUCACCGGACUAUCCCUCCAAAACAUGAAUAUCACCGGAACAGUCCCACCCUUCAUCUGUGACCUCAACAACCUCACAACCCUUGACCUUUCAUUAAACUAUAUGACCUCAAAUGAGUUCCCACGACCUCUCUACAACUGCUCCAAUCUCCAAUACCUCGACCUGUCGCAGAACAACUUCGCCGGCACAGUCCCUGAUGACAUUAACCGCAUGGCUCAGCUUCGCCUGCUCAACCUUGGAGCCAACAUCUUCUCCGGAAACAUCCCAGCAUCCAUCGGGCGGUUAACAGAGCUGAGGUCACUUCAGCUUUUCGCAUGUCAGUUUAACGGUUCUUUCCCGCCAGAAAUUGGCAACUUGUCCAAUCUCGAACGACUAGAAUUGGCCUGGAUGACGACGAUCAUGCCAGCAAGGUUGCCUUCAGAGUUCACAAAGUUGAAGAAACUGAAGUAUCUUUGGGUGACAAGCUCCAAUUUGGUAGGAGAAAUCCCAGAAAAGAUUGAAAAAAUGGCGGCACUUGAGCAUUUGGAUUUGUCAAGGAACAAUCUAGGCGGGAAAAUCCCAAGCGGUUUGUUUAUGCUGAAGAAUUUGAGUAUAAUGUACCUUUACAAAAAUAAUUUGUCCGGAGAGAUUCCUCAGGUGGUUCAGGCUUCAAACAUAGAUGUUAUUGAUCUCUCCGAGAAUUACUUGACCGGGACAAUACCCGAUGACUUUGGAAGACUAACCAAACUAUCGGGUUUGGCUUUGUUUAUCAAUCAAUUAUCUGGAAAAAUUCCAGAUAGCAUAGGCUGUCUUCCAGGGUUGAUAAAUUUUAAUUUGUUUAACAACAAUUUAUCAGGUACUCUACCUCCAGACUUUGGGCGGUAUUCUAUGCUUGAAGAGUUUCAAGUGUCUUCCAAUAGACUUUCUGGCCAGCUGCCACAACACUUGGGUGAUAAUGGAAGGUUGGUAGGAGUGGUAGCUUUCAACAACGACCUCAGUGGUGAACUGCCCCAGUCGCUUGGAAAUUGCAACAAUUUAAUAAUUCUUAAUGUUCAUAAUAAUAGGUUUUCUGGGAAUGUUCCCAGUGGCUUAUGGACAUUAUUGAGUUUGAGCAUCUUGAUGUUAAGCAACAAUUCUUUUACAGGUGAUGAGCUUCCUGAGAGAUUGUCACGCAAUCUUUCUCGAUUAGAGAUCAGUCAUAACAGGUUUUCGGGUAAAAUUCCGGCGGGAGUGUCUUCCUUGAGGAAUUUGGUGAUUUUCGACGCUAGUAAUAACCUCUUAGAUGGCACAAUUCCUCAAGAAAUAACAGCUCUUCCUAACUUAACUACUCUUUUGCUUGCUAACAACAAACUCUCGGGCUCUCUUCCUUCAAAUAUUCUUUCAUGGAAAUCGCUGACUACCCUAAACCUUUCCAGAAAUGCAUUCUCUGGACAAAUUCCAGAAGAAUUUGGUUCAUUAGCAGGCCUUACUGAUUUGGACUUGUCAGAAAACCAACUGUCUGGCGAAAUUCCAUUGCAACUUGGCCGCCUAACAGUAGGUUUUCUCAAUCUCUCUUCCAAUCAUUUGACUGGGAGGAUCCCAAUUGAAUUCGAUAAUGAUAUAUAUGCAGGAAGCUUCUUGAACAAUCCCGGUCUUUGUGCUUAUAGCUCAUCAGUAAACAUUGACAAAUGCAAUUCCAAAUCAAGCAAAAUUUUGGUUCGAUUUCUUGUUUUGAUAAUAUGUUCGGUGAUAGCAACACUUCUACUAGCUUUAUUCUUCGUGAUCAGGAUUUUCAUGAGAAGAAAGCAAGGAUUGGAUUUGACUUGGGAGCUCACCUCAUUCCACAGGCUGAAUUUUACGGGAUCAGACAUUAUGUCAGGAAUGACAGAAAAUAACGUGAUAGGCCGUGGUGGAUCAGGGAUGGUAUACCGUGUUGCAGUGAAUCCUUCACGUGAUAUUGUUGCUGUGAAUCCUUCGCGUGAUAUUGUUGCUGUGAAUCCUUCGUGUGAUAUUGUUGCUGUGAAGAGGAUUUGGAAUAGUGGAAUGCUAGAACAGAAGCUUGAGAAACAAUUUCUUGCAGAAGUUAAAACAUUGAGUUCCAUACGACAUUCCAAGAUAGUGAAGUUGCUCUGUUUUAUCUCCAGUGAGGAUUCAAAAUUUCUUGUCUACGAGUAUUUGGAAAAUGGUAGCUUGGAUCUAUGGCUGCAUAGGAAGAGUGGAGCAUCAACUUUCUCAGAUUCAGUCCAACAAGUCAACCUGGAUUGGCCUAAGAGGUUGCAGAUAGCAGUUGGUGUUGCCCAUGGACUGUCCUAUAUGCACCAUGACUGCUUACAACCCAUUGUUCAUCGAGAUGUGAAGUCAAGCAACAUUCUUUUAGAUUCUGAGUUUAAUGCAAAACUCGCUGAUUUUGGUCUUGCCAAGAUGUUAAUCAGACACAGAGAAUCUGCUACAACGUCAACUGUGGCUGGCUCUUUCGGCUACAUAGCUCCAGAGUAUGCUCAAACGGGAAGAGUUAACAAGAAGAUUGACGUUUAUAGCUUUGGGGUUGUCCUUCUGGAACUGACAACCGGAAGAAAAGCUUAUGAUGGUGAUGAAAACACAUCACUUGUCCAAUGGGCAUGGCGACAGAUUCAGGACAGCAAGACUAUAGUUGAUGUCUUGGACGAGGAGGUUAGGAAACCCUGCAACUUGGAUGAAAUGUGCUUCGUCUUCAAACUUGGAAUCUUGUGUACGUGUACGAAUCCAUCUAAAAGGCCGUCCAUGAAAGAGGUUUUGAAGAAUCUGCUCCGACCAAACCCAGCUCCAAAUCGUGGCUCUUCAGGUCAAAAUGAACCGCACAGUAGAUCUGGCCGAAGGCCCACCUGUCAAGUAUGUGGCAGAUUGGGUCACACAGCUUUGGUCUGCUGCCACAGGUUUGAUCAAACCUAUCAAGCUGAUGGGCUCAAUCCCACAGCCGACACUGCUGCCGCGGCACAAUCUCGGGACCUAAGUUGGUACCUGAACAUCGGUGCUACCCACCACAUCCCCUCCAACCAAAGCAACCUAAAUAUUCACUCGGAGGAAUAUGAUGACCUCGAUUAA